UGAAAGUUGUAUAAGAAGGCAUCGACGCUCUCGAAGAAGCUUCAGUUAUUUUUUUCCAUCCUCUUCACCACCGUCACAAUCCAACUACAGCACACUCACUCUCUACAACCAAACUUUCAACUACAUACACUCUUUACCAGCUUUUCAGCCACCACCACCCACCUCUUUUUUCAAAAUGCACUUCUCCAAGAUCUCCGUUGCCGCCAUCUCCAUGGCCCUCUUAUCCCUGGCCUCGGCCGCCCCCGCCACCCAGGCGGCUCCCAUCGAGGCCCGCUCCAACUGCUUCGGCGAUGCCAUCGCCGCCGGCAGCAGCUGUGCUGUCGACUGCUUCAAGCAGGGAGGCGACACCGGCGACUGCAUCCUCGGUUGCAACACUAGCACUCUUAGCAAGCUUGCCGGCUGCCUGGUCUCUGGCAAUUAAAAGUGCCGGCACACGACGAUUUCAUACAAAACUACAUGACAUGCAUUACAUAGCGGGGGGCAACAACAUGGAUGGGACGGGGUCAAUGGGCAUUUGUUCAAGGCGGAUUUCUUUUCAAGCAUAUUGUACCACAACUGUCUUAGAGAAUUGUAAUUUUUCUUUUGAAAGCCAA